AUGGGGAAGUCUUGGAAGGACACAAGGGGGAGGCUGUUUGACUCGCAUUACAAACCAAAAAGGACACUUGAGCAGAAUCUUGAGCAGCGCUCUGAGGGAAUUCCUAGAGAGCAUUGGAAGUGGUUCAUUGAGUAUCGUAAUGAUCCUGCAACAAAGGCGAAGUGCAAACAAAACGCGCUGAAUCGAAAGAAGCAACUUUACACGCACACUGGCGGAUCUAAAAGCUUGGCAAGGGCUAGGGAAGAAGAGUCACAACUACAAGGGAGGACUGUUGGUAGGGGAGAAGUAUGGAUUCUAAAUCACAAAAGAUCUGAUGGCAACUAUAUACAUGAAGAAGCUCGGAGGAUUGGUGAAAAAAUUUUUGAGAUUGAGCAAUUGGAUGAAUCUACAAGAAUAUUGUCAGAGAAUGAUUCCCUUGCCCAAGCUCUGGGCAAAGAGCACCCGGGUAGAGUGCGUGGGAUGGGACACGGGCCGACACCAAGUCAACUCUUUCGUCUGAGUUUGCAGCCGCUGGUAGAUAGAGCUCAAGUAGAAGAGACCCAAAGGAUGCUGUGUGAACUACAAGCGAAGGUGACGACCGAAAAAUUGAAGAGGAAAGCAAUGGAGGAUGAAUUAGCAGCAGAGAAGAAUAAGAGGCAGGAAAUAGAGAGUGUGCUGAGUUAUCUGGUCAAACAGCAAUGUGGGGAGCUGCCUCCAGACAUCGCUGCACGGAUGAAUUCUUUGGACAGACAUGGAGGAACAUAG